AUGGGCAGAGCGGAUUUUGGAUCUGCAAAGUAUCAGUCCAAGCAAUUAAAAGCCUCGGGCCUUCAGAAGCUUAAGUAUUAUUGUCAACUCUGCCAGAAACAAUGUCGAGAUGCCAACGGCUUCAAGAAUCAUCUUCUGUCACCUUCACAUUUGGGAAGAAUAUCCAACUUGAGCGCAGAUGGUCAUGGAAACUCUGUGGUGGAAGAGUACUCGUCCACAUUUGAGAAAGAAUUCUUGCGUUUGUUGAAGAUCAAUCACGGAACAAAGAAAAUAAACGCAAACAAAUUCUACCAGGAGUAUAUUCUUAACGAUAAAAACCACGUGCACAUGAAUGCUACAAAGUGGCUGUCACUUACGUCUUUUAUCAAGUACUUGGGUCGCCUGGGUAAGGUCCGAGUGGAAGUCCCUGAUGAGGACGAUGAAUUCAACUUGGUGAUCAGAUUGGUGGACUCAUCCACCGAGCUAAAGGCAAGGAACAAGGAGAAAAUUCGCCGCACAGACGAAGAGAUGGCACUAAAGUUCAUCAAUAAUCAGGUGGCAAAAGGCCAGGAGUUGGCAGCCAAAAGUGAAGUGGAAAAAGGUGCAAUGAGUGAACAGGUAGUUGAAAAACCAAAGAAUACCGAGUCUUCAGACCAAAAGCCUACAAAAGUGCUGGUUGUCUUAAAAGGACUCUCGUCAAAGAGGAAGAAGCUCUCUGCUUUCGCUGACAAUAGCGAAAGUGAGGAAGAUUGA